CUGGGCGUCACGUGAUCGCGCCGAUGGCGGCGGCGCGGUGAGGGCGCCGGCAUGGAGGUGUUCAUCCCGUCCUUCCGAUACGAGGAGAGCGAGCUGGAGCGCGGCUACACGGUCUUUAAAAUAGAAGUGUUGAUGAGUGGAAGGAAACAUUUUGUGGAGAAGAGGUAUAGUGAAUUCCAUGCACUUCAUAAAAAGCUCAAGAAAUUCAUAAGAACUCCAGAGAUACCUUCAAAGCAUGUGAGAAACUGGGUCCCCAAGGUCCUGGAGCAGCGACGACAAGGUUUGGAGUUGUAUUUGCAGACAGUCAUUUUAGAAAAUGAAGAGCUCCCUAAAAUAUUUCUUGAUUUUCUGAACGUUCGCCAUGUACCUACCUUGCCAAAAGCAGAAAGCUGUGGCUCUUUUGAUGAGACAGAAUCUGAAGAAUCAAGCAAACUGUCCCACCAGCCUGUGCUGCUGUUCCUAAGGGAUCCAUAUGUCUUGCCUAAAGCCAACGAUGACUUCCCAAACGUAGUUAUAGAUGGCAUUCUACAUGGAAUAUUUUAUCCUCAUUUACUGCCAAGGUAGAAGUGAUGUGUGGGGAGAAGAAGCUGAAGCAAGUCUCUGAGUCACAUUUAAUAGAAUUAACAAGAGUAAAAUUCUGUGAUGUGAAAAUCAUGCUCAGAAGCAAGAGGCAUGACCUCAGAAUAAUUUCAUGCAUUGUAUCUUUUUAAAUAAAAUCACUGUCAUUACAGUUGCUGCUUUUAAAAAAAUAGAUAUGGAAACAACAGUAUUGAAGUUAUUUAUACCUUAUAUAUAUUGACAUGCUCCAACUAUUUAACACUAAAUGUUCUAAGUCAUACACUGAAUUGUGCUAACCUUUGAAAAGUUUUACUAAUUAUUUCUAUAAUUUUUAUCAAAGCAAACACUAAACAUUUUUGCACCAGUUUUUCCCAACGCAUUACCCAUGGCUGGCACUGGAUGGAUUAAAAGCACUGAAGAGAGUGUGUGAGGAAUUGGAAAGCAUGCUUUCACAUUCUGAAACACAUGGCACUCUCUGAGGAAAUUUUCUAGAUUUCAGUUGAAAUUAUUUUACUUACCAGGAACUUUCAUGUGGGAUUUAUGAAUCUCCCUCCAGUUACAGCAUCUAACCCAUGUGUAUGUUUACUCUCAACAUCAACUUGCAGAUUGUAUUCCAUAUCUUAACCUUUUAUACAUCACAGAGCAUGUAACUCUGUGGUAAGGUAAAGCAAGAAUAUGACUAAGAUUAUGAUCAAACUAAAACUGAUAUAUAUGUUCAGAUUUAACUGGAAAUUUGUAUGUGUACUACUGGACAUUACAAAAUAAAUUACUAGGACAUGGAUGUACUGCUUUGGU